GUUCCAAGCAUUAUAAAGUGCAAGUCUUCCCACCAAAAAGGCAUCGUUCGCAUUUCAGGUUUCCAUGACAUCUCCAGCCAUGAAGAAAAUCAAACCCACGCACACCAGCCCGCCAACCAACUCCGACGCCGAACCGCCAAAGCAAAAAGAUGAACAGGAAGAAGGAAACGAGAAGAAGCCCUACAUUCUCCAACUCCCAAACCACAUAACGGUCGAGAUCUUCGGCAAAAUCCCAAUCAAAGCUCUGAUACAAUGCCGCUGCGUGUGCAAGUCAUGGCGCCGAUCGCUCUCGGACCCCCAAUUCACAAAGUACCUACUUUCACAGACACCCGAUUGCCUUUUGCUCCAAAACAGCAGCACCCGAAACCCCACCACCGCCGGCCUCUUCUUGGUCGACCUCGACAAACCCUCAGGCAAGAACGACGUCGUAAUCAGGCUUCCCAAAGACCCCAAUGUCCCGAAUUUCGGUGUGCAAAUUGUGGGUUCCUGCAAUGGCUUCCUCUGCGUGUACGAUAGGCUUAACAGCGGUCGGUUUUACAUCUCCAAUCCCGUUAUUGGUGAGUCCAUAACUCUUCCAAGAUUUCCCAAGGAUAUUGCUUUUCCGUUUCUUUAUGGGUUUGGGUUUAGUCCUGUCGAUGGUGUCUAUAAAUUAGUUGUGGUUGCAUCUACGAGUAACGGAUUGAAAUCGAAUGAAUGGGAGGUAAUGGUUUUGACUGUUGGCACUGGAAGUUGGAGAAAUGUUGGGAAUUCUGUGUACCCUUUUGGGUACCAAUCGUAUGGGGUUUAUCAUGACGGUUUUCUUCAUUGGAUUGCUCGUAGCGACAAUUCUGUAUUGAUUUGUGCCUUUGAUGUUGGAAGUGAGUGUUUCCAAGAGUUGCCAUUACCGCCUUGUUCUUUGGGAAAGCGUCUUGUUAGCCUCGCUGCCCUGAGAGGCUGCCUCUCCGUAUACGUUCUCUCGAUGAGUGAUAUCAAUGUGUGGGUGAUGAAGGAUUAUGGCGUUAAGGAAUCGUGGGCCGAGGAGCUUGUCAUGCAGCAAGUGAUUGGGUACGGAACUAGUUUUUCUGCUACUCAAUUGUUGAAAUUUACAAAGAAGGGCCAAGUGGUGUUUUCACUCAAGUAUAAACUGAGGGUUUAUACUCCUGGAAAAAAGGGCUCUGCUGCGGUUGAAGUUGAUGGAAUACCAUCAAUGGUUGAAGCAUUUGUCCAUAUUCCAAGCGUUGUUUCUCUUAAGGAUGCCAUCAUGGAUUUGAGCUCAGAGAUGGUGCAUGUUAGGCUCCUGGUAGAUUCCAUUCCACAGGCUUACCUGAUGCCUGAUGGGCUUUCUUUGUAGUACUUUAGUCGCUGUGGCACAUAAAUGUAGGUAGUUUACUCAAAUCCAGCCUUUAACUCUGUUGAGAGCUGUCAUGGUUUGCUGAAUAUUUUCUCGUACAGUACAUCCAUAUGCUUUGUGCGAAAGCUACGGCAUUCACGCAAGUUCUUGCUGCAUAAGGGCACUAAUGAUAUGGGGAGCCAUUUGAAUUGGCGUGGUUUUAAAUGAGAAGAAAACAUGGUGUAAUAUAUUGUUAAGAAAUUAUAAAUAAAAUGAGGAAACGUAAUUCCCUAGCUUACCUCUGUUGAUUGCUUUAUCCAUAGUGAUCUUCGAUUGAAAUUUGC